AGAGUGCGCGGCGGCCUGGAGGGCCCGGCGCCGGGGGCCCCGCGAGCGCCCGCCGCGCUCCCGGCUGCUGUGGCCGCACUGGCCGCCCCGCCGCCGGGUUCUGCUGGGCCCUGCCACGCCCCCGCGGGGGUGGAGCGGCGGCCGGGGGCGGCGCGCGGCGGGCGGGCGGGAGCUGUGGCCGCAGCGACAGCGGCGGCGGCGGCAGGAGCUGCUGCUCCGGAGGCGGAGGCUGCUCGUGGACGCGGUGGGGUCGAGCAGCCGGAGCUCCAGCCCGGAGGCGCCGGGCGCGCUGGGUGCUGCUGCCGCUGGCCGCUCGCUGCUGCCCGGGCCUCCGCUGCCCCCCGGGCCCCGGCCGCAGCCCGCGCCCCCGAGGCCCCCGUCGGCGUGCACGCCGCAGCCUGGACGCCGCCCCCGGCCGGGGCUCCACUUCUCGGCCGCGCCGCCCAUGACAGCGCCCGCGCGAAGAUGGCUGCGAAGGGCGCACACGGCGCCCACCUGAAGGUGGAGAGCGAGCUGGAGCGCUGCCGCGCCGAGGGCCAAUGGGACCGCCUGCCCGAGCUGGUCCGCCACAUGCAGGCGGCAGCGCUGACGGGCGGGGGCGGCCGCAGGACCAGCCCGGGCGCCGCCCUCCACUCUCCGGACCCGGAUGACUAUGGGAAUUUGCUCCUGGCUGAGGCCCUCCUGGAGCAGUGUUUAAAGGAGAAUCACACCAAGAUAAAAGACUCCAUCCCUUUGCAAGAGAAGAAUGAACCAAAGAUGAGUGAAGCCAGAAGCUAUCUAAGCAGUGUUCUUAGCCAUGGAAAGCUACCACCGCAGUACAUGUGUGAGGCCAUGCUGAUCCUGGGCAAGCUGCACUACGUGGAGGGCUCCUACCGAGACGCCAUCAGCAUGUACGCUCGGGCUGGGAUCGAUGACAUAUCCAUGGAGAACAAACCCCUGUAUCAGAUGCGACUAUUGGCCGAGGCCUUUGUUAUUAAAGGCCUCUCCCUGGAACGCCUCCCCAACUCCAUCGCUUCCCGACACCGAGUAACCGAGCGAGAGGAAGAAGUGGUCACCUGUUUUGAGAGGGCCUCCUGGAUCGCGCAGGUGUUCCUGCAGGAAUUGGAGAAGGUCACAAAUAACACCACAUCCCGGCACCUGAAAGGCUUGCAGCCAGUUGACUAUGAGCUCACCUACUUUCUGGAAGCCGCCCUCCAGAGCGCUUACGUAACAAACCUGAAGAAGGGGAAUGUUGUUAAAGGCAUGAGGGAGCUCCGGGAGGUGCUGAGGACUGUGGAGACCAAAGCCACUCAGAACUUCAAAGUGAUGGCAGCCAAACACCUGGCAGGUGUCCUGCUGCACUCCCUGAGUGAGGACUGCUACUGGAGCCCCCUGUCCCAGCCACUGCCUGAAUUCAUGAGCAAGGAGGAGAAUGCCUUCAUCACACAGGCCCUGCGCAAGCCGCACCUCUACGAAGGAGACAACCUCUAUUGUCCGAAGGAUAACAUUGAAGAAGCCCUCCUGUUGUUGCUCAUCAGCGAGUCCAUGGCGAAUCGGGAUGUGGUGCUGAGCCGGGUGCCGGAGCAGGAGGAGGACCGGGCUGUGAGCCUGCGGAAUGCUGCAGCCAUCUAUGACCUGCUGAGCAUCACGCUGGGCCGACGGGGGCAGUACGUCAUGCUGUCUGAGGUGGGUGACACAGAGGAAGCCAGUUUCUUCCUCCUCUACUCCCUUCCCCAUCUUUUUCAGGGAGACUAGGCUUAGGAAACAUGC